UGGCUGACAGCAAACCCAGAUCUGCGCUAAGUACUCUGAAAAAAUCCCAAAUGUCCUGCUCGGAAAGGCCUGCCAGACCUGGAUCUCAGAACAGGGCAUCAUCUGCCCCUUCAAAGAAACCCUUACAAAUGGACCUCUUAGCCAGAGAAGAAGAAUACAAACGUCUCAAUGCAGAGCUACAGGCAAAAACAGCAGAACUUGUUCGGGAAGCGGAGAAAGUUAUGAGGGAACAAAAUGAAGUGCUUUCGAAGCCAGUGUCCACCCACCUCUCUUUUGAUAUUGACAGUGAUUUUGAGAUUUCAGGGAAGGCAGAUCUUAAAAAGCAACUCACUAGUAAACAGCCCACUACAAAGGCAAUAAGGAACAAGAGCUCAGCAAAACCUGCAAAGCCAAACAAGCCUGGCUCAGGAGGCAAAAGGAAUUUACAAAAAGCACCGCAGACUGUAGUUGAUGAUGUUGCUGUUCCUGAUGACUUGGAGGAUUUCUCACUGGCUAAGACAAUCAGCACAAUUGAGGACAAAGUUAGUGAUGAUGUUACCGAAGAAGCUUUCCAGGAUGACAUCAUGCCUAGUGCUGGAGACCAGAUGAGUGCAGAUGCUCAGAUAAGAUUUUUGAAGGCUAACCUUCGAGUAAUGCAGGAGGAAUUAAACAGACUCUCACAUGAAUGCAACAAGAAGGAGGAUGAAAAUAGUAUUUUAAGCAGCAAACUGAAGGAGGUGGAAGAGGAACGGACAAGACUACAGAAGACCACAAAUGUACAGCAGACUCAGAUUGAGAAACAAAAAGCUUUAGCCGAAGAAUCCAACAGGAAGUGUGAGGGUCUGCAACAGCAACUGGUCUCGAUACAGAAGGAGUUGGAAAGCAUGAAUAGGGCCCAUAAGCAGGCAGCCGGUACCCACAGCGCAACAGAGGUUCGGUUGAAUAGAGCUCUAGAAGAAGUUGAGAAGACCAAAGCUCAACUUCACAAACUCAAACAGAGCAGUAAGGAUUCAACCAGUCAGGAGCACCAAAAGAUUGAAAACUUACAAGCGGAGAACAGAAAACUGGAAAGACAAAAGGCUGAGCUCAUCAUGGCUUUUAAGAAGCAACUUAAGCUGAUAGAUAUUUUGAAAAGACAGAAGAUGCAUUUUGAAGCUGCCAAGAUGUUGUCCUUCACUGAAGAGGAGUUCAUGAAAGCUCUGGAUUGGGGAAAUAAUGCAGUCUAAUGUCUGUCCACUUCGCUAUACGUUGGACUUGUACCGAGGCAGCGCAUGACCAUAAUAAGGUCUUUGGCAUCAAUCUUCCCCUUUCGCUUCUUGUCAUAAAGGGAGAAA